UGCGCUUCCGGUCUUUGUGGUUUGCCGCUCGGGGUCGGCAGCCGGCGCCCAGGCACCUCGUGGGCUUCGCGGAAAGAAGAGAUUACUCAACUCUCCAGCACAGGACCACUUGUACUGAGCUUUUUGUAAAGCUGCUUCAGCUCAGAAUGGCUAUGGAAUCCAGAGCAAUUUCAACUCAGGAUCAUGAGAAACAAGGAUUACUACUGGUGAAAAGAGAAGAGGGCUUUUCCUGGAGUCAUACAUUUAAACAGAAUGGAAACACCCAAUCUUGCCAAGAAUUGUUUCGCCAGCAGUUCAGGCAGUUUUGCUACCAGGAGACACCUGGGCCUCGGGAGGCUCUGGGCCGACUCCAGGAACUUUGCUAUCAGUGGCUAAUGCCAGAGUUACACACCAAGGAGCAGAUCCUAGACCUGCUGGUGCUAGAGCAGCUCCUGAACAUUCUGCCCGAGGAGCUGCAGGUGUGGGUACAGCAACAUAGUCCAAGAAGCGCUGAGGAAGCUGUGACCCUGUUGGAGGAGUUGGAGAAAGAGUUUGAUGAUCCAGGGCAACAGGUCCCAACUAGUCCACAAGGACCUAUAGUGCCAUUCCUCAGUGCAUCCAAGGAGUCAGCAAACAUCCAGUUCCAGCCUCUGAAGACACAGUUCAAGUCCUGGAAACCUUGCCAAUCCUUUAAAAGCGAUUGCGAGAACAAUGAAACAGCAAAUAAUAGCAUUUCAGAAGAAAAGUCACAGAAACUCUGUCAGGAAGCUUCUUUUGGAGAAGUGGAUGGGCAGGAAAGCAAUUUAGAGUGGCAGCAAGGAAGGGCUACAAGGGAGAAGUUAAGAAGAUCCCCUCCCCAUGGGGGCAGCUUCAGUCAAGUUAUCUUCACACACAAAUCUUUAGGAAAGAAAGACCAUGAUGAUGAGCUUCAAAGAUGCUUGAUUCUAAGUACCAAGGUUCCUGCAGAAGAAAGGCCUUAUAGAUGUAAUAUCUGUGGACACAGCUUCAGGCAGCAUUCCUCUCUCACUCAGCAUCAGAGAAUCCAUACUGGAGAAAAGCCCUAUAAGUGUAACCAAUGUGGAAAGGCCUUUAGUUUGAGGUCCUAUCUCAUUAUUCACCAGCGAAUUCAUAGUGGUGAGAAAGCAUAUGAAUGCAGUGAAUGUGGGAAAGCCUUCAAUCAGAGCUCAGCUCUCAUUAGACAUCGGAAAAUUCAUACUGGUGAAAAAGCUUGUAAGUGUAAUGAGUGUGGCAAAGCAUUCAGUCAAAGUUCAUAUCUCAUUAUACAUCAAAGAAUACACACUGGUGAGAAACCCUAUGAGUGUAAAGAGUGUGGGAAAACCUUUAGCCAGAGCUCAAAGCUUAUUAGACACCAGCGAAUUCAUACAGGAGAGAGACCCUAUGAAUGUAAUGAAUGUGGGAAAGCCUUCAGGCAGAGCUCAGAGCUGAUUACCCAUCAGAGAAUACACAGUGGAGAGAAACCCUACGAAUGUAAUGAAUGUGGGAAAGCCUUCAGUCUGAGCUCAAACCUCAUCAGGCAUCAAAGAAUUCACAGUGGAGAGGAGCCUUACCAGUGUAAUGAAUGUGGCAAAACCUUCAAAAGGAGCUCAGCCCUAGUUCAGCAUCAGAGAAUCCAUUCUGGGGAGGAAGCUUAUAUAUGUAAUGAAUGUGGGAAGACUUUCAGGCACAGAUCUGUUCUCCUGCGCCAUCAGAGAGUCCAUACUGUAAAUAAUUUGGUGGGACCGCCGGACGUGGACGAGUCCGCGCCAGUCGGGCUGCUGACCGUGAACUUGCGUCCCGGAUGUGAGAGUGAGCCGCGAAGGAAGGCAGUGCGUGAGGACGCGUCUGCACCGCGGACGGAGCCUCCGGUGUGCUCCCUCCCCGUGCCGUGCCCUUCAGCCGCACCCCUGCUCGCCGUCCCGACCCCCCAACUUCGCUGGAACGACUCUGCUCUAGGAAUGGGGAAUGUCCACUUGCAGCCCAUGGAGAUCCAGUUCGAUGAUGAGUCUCAGGAACAACACCUUCUUCCAGAUGAUGAGACUAAGAUCAAGAUUAGAGAACCAGCUUCAGAGGAGGAAACUGUAGCAGAAAUUGAACCACUGACUGAAGAGUCUGGUAACACCAGAAAAGAUCUUCUCCAGGAUGAUGAAACCAGAGAAUUCUAUGAACUGGGACUGGGAUAUAAACUGGAUGAAGAAGAUGAGAACUUCUUAAAAAGAGGGCAGCUUAAUUGUGAUGGAUGUGAUGAAAGCUUUUCUUGCAGUACAGGCCUUCUUAGGCACCAAAGACCCCACUGGGAGAAACCCUAUGAAUGUGAUAAAUGUGGAAAGGCCUUUCGUCUGAGCUCUGCCCUGGUUCUGCAUCAGAGAAUUCAUACUGGGGAGAAACCGUAUCCUUGUAAUUGGUGUGUCAAAAGUUUCAGUCGGAGCUCAGACCUUAUUAAACAUCACCGAGUCCACACUGGUGAGAAACCUUACAAAUGUGAUGAAUGUGGGAAAGCCUUCAGUCAGAGCUCAGAUCUCAUCAUCCAUCAGAGAAUCCAUACAGGAGAAAAACCUUAUCAGUGCAGUUAUUGUGGUAAGAGUUUUAGCCAACGCUCUGAUGUGGUGAAACAUCAGCGAAUCCACACUGGAGAGAAGCCUUAUACAUGCAACCAGUGUAACAAACAUUUCAGUCAAAGUUCUGAUGUUAUAAAACAUCUGAGAAUCCACACAGGGGAGAAGCCAUAUAAGUGUGACGUGUGUGGAAAAGCCUUCAGCCAGAGCUCAGAUCUUAUUCUACACCAGAGAAUCCACACUGGGGAGAAGCCAUAUGCAUGCAAUCAGUGUAACAAAAGCUUUAGUCAGAACUCGGACCUUAUUAAACAUAGAAGGAUUCACACCGGAGAGAAACCCUAUACAUGUAAUGAAUGUGGAAAAGCUUUUAACCAGAGCUCAGUCCUUAUUCUGCAUCAAAGAAUUCACACCGGAGAGAAACCUUAUCCAUGUAAUGGAUGUAGCAAAACCUUCAGUAGGCUUUCAGAUCUUAUGAACCAUCAGCGAAUUCACACUGGUGAGAAGCCUUUCCCAUGUAAUCAGUGCGGUAAAAUGUUUAGUCGAAGGUCAGAUCUUGUUAAGCAUCACAGAAUUCACACUGGUGAGAAGCCCUAUGAAUGUGAAGAAUGCGGAAAGACCUUCAGUCAGAGCUCCAACCUUAUUCUACAUCAGAGAAUCCACACUGGAGAGAAACCCUAUCCGUGUCAUGACUGCACCAAAAGUUUUAGUCGCCGCUCAGAUCUUGUAAAGCAUCAAAGAAUCCACACUGGUGAGAAACCUUAUGUGUGUAAUGUGUGCCAGAGAAGUUUUAGUCAAAGCUCAGACCUCACUAAACAUCACAGAGUCCACUCGGGUGAAAAGCCCUACCAUUGUACUAAUUGUGAGAAAGCCUUUAGUCAGAGUUCCGACCUCAUCCUUCAUCAGAGGAUUCAUACCGGAGAAAGGCCGUACCCGUGCACGUGGUGCAACAGGAGUUUCAGUCAGAACUCGGACCUUAUCAAACACCAGAGAGUCCACACUGGAGAAAAACCGUACAUCUGCAAUGAGUGUGGGAAGGCUUUCAGUCAGUGCUCAACACUUAUUCUGCAUAAGAGAACCCACACGGGAGAGAAACCCUAUUUAUGUGCUCAAUGUGGCAAAAGCUUUAGCCGGCGCUCAGAUCUCAUUAGCCAUCAAAGAAUCCACAUUAGUGAAACACCAUAUAAACAUGAUAGACGUGGGAAAACUGCCAGCCUGGAUAUAGAGCCAAAUGGACAGCAGAGCAGCCACAUGGAAGAGAAACUCUUCCAGUGUGUUGAGUGUGAUAGAAGUUUUAGCCAACUCUGUGAUCUCCUCGAUCAUGAAAAUCUCCAUGCUGGAGAAGAAAAUCUAACUGAGACGGAUGUGGGAAAACAUUUAGUCUGUACACCUGCAUUAUUCAGUACCAGAGACACCAUACCAGAACAGAAAUCUUAUGAAUGCUAUUAAAGAGCAUGAAAAUAAGGCCUUACUCAACGUUCAACUUGUGCUACAUUUAGAAAAAUAUGAAGGA